UUUGUGAAAGUUUAUAGCGUAGAGCUUUGUUGGAAUAAGAGAACAAACUGAUUUGAUCGGCCACACACAACCGCUUAUUGCUAACGCGACCUCCUCUUCCUCCUACUGCAUCAUCAGAGACUCACUAGGGUUUCUUCUGCACACCCAACCAAAUGGCUGAUCCUGAGUUGGAGGCAAUCAGACAGAGAAGGAUGCAGGAGCUUAUGGGUCGCCGAGGCGUGGGAAAUCAACAGAACCCUGAACAGGAGAAGGCUCAGGAUGAUGCAAAGAGGGAGGCUGAGGAACGAAGACAGAUGAUGCUUAGUCAGUUAUUGUCUGCUGAAGCGCGAGAAAGGCUCGCUCGAAUUGCUUUGGUGAAACCUGAGAAAGCAAGGGGUGUCGAAGAUGUUAUACUUAGAGCUGCUCAAAUGGGUCAGAUAACUGAAAAAGUCUCUGAGGAAAGGCUCAUAUCACUGCUGGAGCAAAUAAACACUCAAACUGCAAGGCAGACUAAAGUUACAAUACAGAGGCGUCGAAGUGUUCUCGAGGAUGAUGAUUAACUGUCACUGUUUGUUCGAACGGUGUGGCUCGAGUAUCGAUUUCAUGAUUUAUUAUGUAUUUUAGCCACAAUGUAUUGUAAAAGAGGAUUGCUAAAUUUAUCCGUUUCAGUUUGAAAUUUUGGUUGCCUUAUCAGGCCUCCUAAUUAAACUAUUAAUACUUUGGCUCAUUCAUUUGUAAAACAAUUUCUGGCAUGUGGAUGGCAUCUCACAAAUUACAUGUUGUUCCACGGUUUUUUUUUC